UCCUUGUGGUGCUGCCGCUUCAGUAUAAAGACUGCAGCUUGGCUGAGCUCAGCUCAUUAUUUGCGAAACGAACUUGAAAUGGCCAGAACCAAGCAGACUGCUCGUAAGUCCACCGGCGGUAAGGCUCCCAGAAAGCAGCUAGCCACCAAGGCGGCUCGUAAGAGCGCCCCGGCUACUGGCGGAGUCAAGAAACCUCAUCGCUACAGGCCCGGCACCGUUGCUCUCCGUGAGAUUCGCCGCUACCAGAAAUCGACCGAGCUUCUCAUCCGCAAAUUGCCUUUCCAGCGACUGGUCAGGGAGAUCGCUCAGGAUUUCAAGACCGACCUGCGCUUCCAGAGCUCAGCCGUCAUGGCUCUCCAGGAGUCCAGUGAGGCAUAUCUGGUUGGCCUGUUCGAGGAUACCAAUUUGUGCGCCAUCCACGCCAAGCGCGUUACCAUUAUGCCCAAAGACAUCCAACUUGCCCGUCGCAUCCGCGGAGAGCGGGCUUAAGUCUCACCGUCGACUGCACCUCACCAACGGCUCUUUUAAGAGCCACCAACUUGAUCUAAACAGUACAUUCUCAAACAUUAUGGCGAUCAUUGACAAUGUGUAAUGUGCGAACGCUUGAGGCGUGCAAAUGACAAUGAAAUCCGAAA